UAUUUAUUAAAGUGCUAGGAUUUAGGAGGGUAUGGAUAGGCAUUUCACGUUGGACCACAUUCUACACUUUCGCUGCUUUGGAAAUAAGCCAAAACCUGUGGCUGGUGUCAAGCUAGCCUGAACAGAUACUUUCAGACAUCUAAUUUCUUCACUUCAUUCCUGAGGCAGGAGUACCCACCCCUUGUGUAAGCAAUUUAAACCUGAUAGGAGAUCAUCAGCUAUCUUCAGCCACUUCAGCCCCAGGACGAGCAUCAGGCUGUGUGUGCAGCGCCACACAUCACACACUUCACGAUGCUUUGACGCUCAGCUCACUUGUGUCGCGUCACUCCACUGAUUUUUGAUCUGGGAGAGUAAAUUAGCAAUUUGCUCCGACCGCCUCAGCAUUCGAUGUUUCAUUUGUUUGUUGUUAAACUGCAUGCAAGCGCCUGAACGAAUGAGUGUAUCAAUACAAUUGUUAUAAUAUGAACUUUUUGCCAAGUGGAAUAUGUUUUUAUCUGUCCGUGGCAAUUUGCUGGUUCACAUCAAGGGUCGACGCAUCGUGGUGGUACAUGGGCACUCUUGGAUCGCAAGUGAUGUGCGACAACAUCCCGGGGUUAAUUAACAAACAACGCCAGUUGUGCCGCCAGCAUCCCAAGGUGAUGCAGGCUAUAGGAGCUGGAAUUAAAAACUGGAUUGGAGAAUGUCAGCACCAGUUCAGGAACCACCGAUGGAAUUGCAAUACCAUGGCGCGCGAGCACAAUCUUUUUGGGAGGCUUUUACAUCGAAGCAGUCGUGAGGCCGCCUUUGUCUAUGCCAUCUCCUCAGCAGGAAUGGUCUACACCCUGGCUAGGGCGUGCAGUCAGGGUGAACUAGAAAACUGCUCCUGCGACCCCGGAAAAAAAGGCUCAUCUCGUGAUGCCAAGGGAUCUUUCGACUGGGGUGGCUGCAGCGAUCAUGUUGACCAUGCUAUCAAGUUCACUCAGGUCUUCAUUGACGCCAAGGAGAGGAAGGAGAGAGAUGCACGAGCGCUCAUGAACUUGCACAACAACCGUGCAGGGAGGAAGGCAGUGAAGCGCUUUAUGAACCUGGAGUGUAAGUGUCAUGGUGUCAGUGGCUCAUGCAAUGUACGAACCUGCUGGUUAGCCAUGGCAGACUUCAGGCAGACUGGUGACUAUCUCCGCAAAAAGUACAACAAUGCCAUUCAGGUGGUGAUGAACCAGUAUGGAACAGGCUUCACCAGUGCUUACAGGAUGUUUAAGAGGCCUACCAAAAAUGACCUUGUCUACUUUGAAGACUCACCUGACUACUGUAUAUGGGACCACGAGUCUGGAUCUGUGGGCACAGGUGGGCGAGUAUGCAACCGUACGUCCCAUGGGGCUGACAGCUGUGAGGUCAUGUGUUGUGGGCGAGGUUAUGACACAUCACGCGUGAGCCGCACCACCAAGUGUGAGUGCAAGUUCCACUGGUGUUGUGCUGUUCACUGCAGGGACUGCGAAGAGGAGGUAGAUGUGCAUACCUGCAAAACCCAGUCAUGACCACACCACUCCUGCACUUCAGUUACCUUCCAAACUAAAGAUCCCACCUCAAACCUUUGACCUUGUACAGUGCUUUUCUCUGGCGAGUUAGAUAAAAGUAGACCAGACAUUUCAGCAAUGCAUACACAAAAGACCAGCAACUUAAAGGUACACUAUGUAACUUUUGCAUUUUGUGGAAGAACAUUGUUUUGGUUGUGCUUUGGCUCUGCACGACUGCGGAUGAAUAUGGUUCUUUCUCAUAAUUAAAAAAAAGAGAGAGAUUAUCCUACUGCUCAUAAAACAUUCACUACUAGAGUUAUAUAACCAGUGUAGAUGGAAAGGAUCUCAAGCUGAGUAGCUGAAGACAUUACUGUAGCUAUACCCAUUAACAGACACGGUACUUCCUUGAAAAUGAAUCCAGCGCAGCGUUACAACAACCAUAAUGAAAUGACCCUUCACAAUAUAAUGUUUUACAAUGAACUCUGUAAGAGCACUACAUAUGCCAAUUUACCUGUUCAAUAAAAUACCUUACUAACCUGUUGAGGAAUAAAAACGCUGUUGGGUGAUUUUGACAUUACAUCGGGUGAUUCACCAGAGGUUCGAGUUUUAGCUGCUCCAUGUCAACCUUUCUCACUCAUAGCAACAACUAACCUAGGCCACUCACACACAAUACACACAUCAAAUAAGCUGGAGCAACUUUUUUCUAUUUACAGAUAUGACGAGAGAGACAUGCACGGGCGAGUGACGCAUGUACGCAAUUUCCUGCGAAAAUCAUCCCGCCCUGUCUAAAAUAUAAGCCGUUACAAUAGGCUAGUGAAUCAGGGUAAGACAAAAUGAAAGAAGGAUUGAUGAUUUACUGAAUCGUUUAAAUGUGUUAAUUUUUUACAGUUACAUAGUGUACCUUUAAAAAAACAAUGCAGAUUUGUUGUAUCACAACUGGUUUUGAAGUUUGUUUUAUCAUCUUUACAUGUUUUGUCUCCCCCCCCCCCAUAAUACAAAUAUUUAUUACUGCUUUGUAGUAUAAAAAUGUUUAUCUUUAAUGUAUUUCAUAUUUUGAAAUGUAAAUACAAACUCUAUGUAAUUUAAAAUAAAACUUACAUAUAUGUUACGUCACAUAGU